AGUUUUAUACUUUCAAAAUGGCGGGAAGAGGUAGAGGUAGAGGCAGAGGAGCUCCUUUUAACGUCCAAUUUGAUGAUGCUGGUCAGAAGUCAAUUGAUCAGUAUUGGAUGUAUACAAGAUUGGUUGGCGGUGAUAUGUACGAUGAAGAAGGACGCGAAAAAUUAAUGUCAGAAGAAGAAUUAUGCAAAUAUAUGAAAGAAAAGCUACCACAAAGAUUGGAAAAUCGUUUAUUUGUUAGUUGGUCGUCAUCAACGGGAAUGGAUUGUAAGGAAGUUGGACCAGAAACGCCUUGCUUUUGUCAACAUCGCUUCAAACAACACAAAACAGACUUUGAUAAAAUUCCAACAGAAAGGCCAAUCCUAUUACCCUGUAGGGUAAAAAACUGCAAAUGUGCUGCUUACCACUAUGUGCCAAUGUCUGGUGGACAGACAAUUAGAUGCUCGGCAUGUAAGCAUCCUGCUGCAGAACAUUCUGAAAAAGAACCAUAUCCCUGUAAAAAGCCAAAUUGUCAAAAAUGUCCAGGAUUUAAGAGUUCAUAUUCAUGCGGUUGUGGCGAACCAUAUUAUAAUCAUGGUAUGACCGUCGAGACAAAAUCUGAACGAUUAGCUAGAGGCCAUCCAGUUGGCCAGGAUGUUCCAUUUGCCGCUAUGGGAGGUUUAACUGGAUUUUCAUCUAAUUUGGAAGGUUACCAAAGAAUGGAUCCAAGCGGAAGAGGAGCACCAAAUAAAGAAUUCUUAGAUCAGGAUAUUACGUGCCAAGAUGACGCAUAUUUGAGAGCUCAUGUAAACAGCCUUCAAGCAAAACGAAAUGCCAACAUGCUGGUUGAUGAUCUUGGAGGAGAGAUCGAAGAACAAGAGUCGGCCAUGAAGAGAGAAGGAGAAACCGAUCUGGAAUUUUUUGAAAGAAGAUACAAAGAAAGAAGAAAGCGAGAACUAUGGAACAUUGCUCCAGUGGAUCCAUCAUCCCAAUCAAUAACAACGGGAGUUAGACAUCAAAGAGCCAGCGAAAUCCAGGUUGGAGAUAUUAUGCCUGGCCCUAAUCCAACUGGAAGAAACCCGCCAAAGUCAGCAAGAGGAAGAGGAAGAGGAGUAAAGAAAUGA